CGAACACUUCUGCUCAAAAUCAUCUUCCCUGCAAACUUUACUAAAAGCCUUCAUUAAAAAUGCUUUCUUAUAAAAGCCUUUGCUGGAUUAUAAUUAUGAAUUCCCUCGUAGUUCUGGUUCCGACUAUUUGUCGAAGGGCUCGUUUAAUCCUGGGGGAAGAUUUCCGUUCAUCGGAAAUACUUUCAGAGGACAGCGUUUACGCGACUCGAGCCACGGUGUUUCUUGUUGUUAUGUUUUGCAGGUCUUUCUCCGUGUUGGCGACACAAGUGUUUUGGACCUGCGGUAAUAAGAUUAGAACAAAGUGCUGCCAUGGAAGAACUAAAGAAGAUGAUACCCAGGAACCGCCAUGCCGCCGCAAACUGCCGGAGAGGAAGGAUGAAGCUCUUAGCCUGAGUAAUCUCGUGUUUCAGUCGGCCAAACUGGGACAGCCAGGAGCAAGUGAAGAAGUCAAAUUCCCAACAAAAAGAACGACGGUGUAAACGGGAAGGAUAAUUCUGGCCGGAAAUUAAAGAGAUUGUAGUAGACAAUCGACUAAACCCAAACGCUAUCUUCUCAAACGUUUUUCUUCAACCCUUUUUUCCUACUUCAUCUCCAUGUAGCCUUUCAUCCAAACACUACUACAUAUAUAAUUAUCGACCGAAAUAGAAAAUUUUCAGCCCAUUAUUAGCUGAAAUGGCUUGACAAACAUAGCCUAAACACUGUGUACAAAAAGUACGUGUAUGCAAAUUAUAUGUACAAGUAUCACCCC